UUGGGACCAUGGUCCGGAUUGUUACGGAGUGUAUGUUUUGUGGAUACUCCUGGCAGUGUUGCAGUCAGCCAUCCAUUGGAACCAUACCAGCUGGGAACCUUGCCCUGUCUGCCAGUAUCCUGUUUUCUGGAGCCCUGGCAGCAAAGGUUUUACGUGUCCUGCAGUGUAUGGGGGUUGCCACCAUUUCAAAGAGAACCUUCGCCACCCAUCAGUCCUCCAUUUUGUUCCCUUCCAUUGCCCGUGUUUGGAACAGCCAACAGAUGGAGUAUGUUAGACGAUGUCAGCAGAAGGGACAGCCCCUUGUCAUUGGUGGGGAUGGUCGAGCUGAUUCUCCUGGUCACUCUGCCAAGCAUGGCUCAUACAGCACCAUUGACUUAGAGGAAGGCAUUGUCAUCGACAUACAGCUAGUUCAAAGCAAUGAAGUGAAGAACAGCAAUGGCAUGGAACAAAAGGGACUGGAACGGGCUAUUCAAUGGCUACAAGUCCAUGAGUUACAAGUUGGGACCAUCGUCACAGACAGACAUCUCCAAAUCCAGAAAUGGAUCAGAGAGAACUUGCCCGACACUGUGCAUUAUUAUGAUGUCUGGCAUGUAGCUAAAGGCCUUAAGAAGAAAAUUGUUGCAGCAUCCAAGCUUAAAGACGGUGCAGAGCUGAUCAAGUGGUGCAAGAGUCUGACCAACCACAUGUACUGGGUUGCGGCCUCCACACCAGAUGGGAAUGGAGAGGUGAUGUGGGCCAAAUGGGAGUCAGUCGAAAACCACAUCCACAAUGUCCACACCGGCCACAACACUUUAUUUCCAACAUGUGCCCACAGCACCCUUGAAGGCAAUGAGCAGAAGAAGAAGUGGUUGAAAGCAGGAUCAAAAGCCAGUGAGAAGAUGUCAGAUCUGAUACUCUCCAAACAGAUGAAGAAGGACAUCCCGAAGCUUUCCCCCCCUCUUCCAGACCUCCCAGAUUGAGGCGUUCCACAGCAC